CUCAGGUGGAAGAUGGUAGGAUAAGUUUAACAAAACUGCACAACCUUUUCUUUUUAAGCAUGAGUGCAAUUACAUGGCCUGCCCCACUGGGAAAUGGGCCUGGCACUUGGAAGGAGAGAUCCAUUGAGAGUAACUGCUCACGACUGCAUUAGUGGGAAGGGAUGUUUAUGACUGAUCCCUUGGUGGUUGCAAAACCCAUCAUGCUUCAUCAAAACAUAACACUCGAUGUGGUUCAAGAAGAAGGAUCCCCACGAGGUCCAAACGGCACCGGGGCUCUUUAAGCUUACCUCUGUACCAGCCGGUCUUUGGUCCCCCUUGGAAGAUGUCAUGUCUCUGGCUAAAGGACAUUCUUCAAGUCGAGCCCUAAGGACCCACCACAGCAGGCUAUGUAAAACAUUGGCUUUCCACAGACUACACUUGCUGCAUGAGUCAACUUUGAGGAAAGUAGAUUAGAUUUUUAAUACUGAACUGAGUGGGAGCAAAGCUUGCUCCUGUCUCCCAGGUAUUGAAUAGCAAUUCAGCUGCUAAAGGACUUUGCCAGCAAAAUUGCUCUGAAGUGCUGUGUGUAGGGUUGAGCCACCAGUGCUAUCGGCUAUAAGACAUGAGGUGCAGACUGGAGAACAUAUGGGAUGCAGUGUUGCUGUUCCCCACACUGGAGUGGUUAGUAAGUGUGCAGAUACCAGCUGGACAAGUGUUCAGGAUUCUUACAAGUGUCAUCACCAAAUGCUGUCUCCUGAAACCCUGGGGCUGCUUGGCAGCAAAUAAAAGAGAGCAGAUGCCCGUAUGUUAUUUCACUGGUCAAAGUGGGGAGAACAAAUUAAAGUGCUUAUUUUAGCACACUGAGACAGCUGUGCUCUUCUCAAGCCAGUUCCUGAGGACUCACCUAUCCAUGCAUGAUGGAAGGGAAAGAAUCUGGUGUAGCAACAGCCAGUUAGCCAGAAGUGGAGGAGCUGGCAAAGGCUUCCUGCUGUGGAAGUCUUUGGAUGACACCCUGGCAAAGACCCAGGCACAGAUGGGAGCCCCAAACACUUCCUCCUAAGCAGUGUCAGUUGCCUUUCAUGGGACUGUCAAGUGCCAAAUGAGACGGGCUGCGACCUACACAAUGGGGCAUUUUAGGGCUCAGCUGCAGUGGGUGUCAAGUGCUGAGUAGGAGUUGUUCGCUGUUGUUUACGACUCUGAGUUACCAUCAGCAGAGUGAACCUGGCUGCAAGAACAAUCUUCAGCUGCUUCCCUGCAAAGGUGAAAACAGGUCCCACAGAUGAAGUCCUUUGCUAACGGUCUCUCAGAAAAUGUAAAGCAGACUCAGGAGAUGAGCCCAAGUCACCUGACAUCCCACCUUUGCCAAAUUGCCUGCUUGCAUUAUGGGAAGGUUGGCAAGAAAUAAGGGUAAUGAAGCUGCCCAGCUGCCUGGAAGAAUAUCUCUGCUGCCAUACAACAGGAGAUGAUCCCCCCAAAGGAGAUUUCCCUCUUCAGAAAAAAUCCCCGUCCUCCUCCGCGAAAGCGAGCAAACGGCAUCUGGCUCUCCGCAUGGAUGAAAGCUUCCCACUUUUGGAUGUGCAGGCAGGCCACAGGCAGAAACUCUGUGGCUCCAACUACCCCCUGAGCAUUGCCUUCAUUGUGGUGAAUGAGUUCUGCGAGCGCUUCUCCUACUAUGGCAUGCGAGCUGUCCUGACACUGUAUUUCUUAAGCUUCUUUCACUGGGACGAGAAUCUCUCCACUGCUGUGUACCAUGCCUUCUCUGCGUUGUGUUACUUCACACCUGUCAUUGGAGCCAUCAUGGCAGACUCAUGGCUGGGGAAAUACAAGACGAUCAUCUACCUCUCCAUUGUGUAUGUUGUUGGCCAUCUGAUAAAGUCAGUCGGUGCCAUUCCAUCCCUAGGCAACCAGGCAGUUCAUGUGGUCCUGUCUAUGGUUGGUCUGUUUUUGAUCGCCCUUGGAACAGGAGGUAUCAAGCCCUGUGUCUCUGCAUUUGGUGGGGACCAGUUUGAAGAGGAACAUACCUCGGAGAGAAGCAAGUUUUUUUCCAUCUUCUAUUUAUCCAUUAAUGCUGGAAGUUUGAUCUCCACGUUUGUAACUCCUGUAUUAAGAGGGGAUGUGAAAUGUUUUGGAGAGGAUUGUUAUGCACUGGCUUUUGGCGUCCCGGCAGCAUUGAUGGUGUUGGCGCUCGUUGUGUUCAUUGCUGGAAGUGGACUGUACAGAAAAACACCACCACAAGGAAACGUCUUGCUGGAAGUGUGCAAAUGCAUCGGUUUUGCUAUUAAAAACCGGCUGAAAAACCGCUCCCGUGAGAUUCCAAAGAGAGAUCACUGGUUGGACUGGGCAUCAGAAAAAUACUCAAAACAGCUGAUUGGGGAGGUUAAAAUGGUGACUCGUGUUCUCUUCCUCUUCAUACCACUGCCAAUGUUCUGGGCCCUGUUUGAUCAGCAGGGAUCCAGGUGGACUUUGCAAGCCACAAAAAUGAAUGCUGAUUUUGGAAUAUAUGUCCUUCAGCCUGACCAAAUGCAGUUCUUAAAUCCACUUCUUAUUCUUGUCUUCAUCCCAAUUUUUGACCUUGGGCUCUACCCCCUGAUAAACAUGUGCAAACUGAAUUUCACACCUAUUAGGAAAAUGGCAACAGGUAUGAUCCUUGCAGGGCUGGCAUUUGGACUUGCAGCUGUAAUAGAAGUCAAAAUAAAUGAAACCGAUAUGCCUCGACUUGUCCCAAAAGAAAGUUUAAUUCGAGUCCUGAAUUUGGCAAAGAACCCUGUUCAAGUGACAAUCCAAGACAAGGACCUAUUUCAGCAGCCUGUGGAGUCUUUUCAGAACCCAGCUGAUUACUCAAAAUUAAUAUUGAAUGGAGAGCAACAGAGCCUUCACUUCAUGCUGCAACAUCAAGGAUUGACUCUUGCUUUUAACAACACCGUGAAGGAAAAAUCAGUAUACAGCUUAAUUGUUUUUGAGGCAGAAGGAAGCCUAUCAAGCCACUUAAUUACAGACUUGGAAGCAAAGCCAGAAAAUGGUUUGGCAGCUGUUAGAUUCAUUAAUGGUUUGAGCCAAGAUGUCAACCUCACCAUCGACAGCAAAAGAUUCAUUGCUGUUCAGAGAAACUACAGUGCUUCUGAGUACUCAGUGCUGGAGAGGGACGUAUAUAAUGAUGGAAAAUGCAUAACUGAAACAGGAGAGUUCCCCCUGGAGCUGGGGCUGCUUGACUUUGGCGCCUCAUACACCGUUGUGAUCACUAAUAUUUCUGGAGAUGCUGUUGAGACAUGGAAGUCAGAAGACAUCAAAGCCAAUAAUGUGCAUAUGGCCUGGCAGUUACCACAAUAUUUAUUGAUAUCUGCUGGGGAGGUGAUGUUCUCCAUUACGGGUCUGGCCUUCUCCUAUUCUCAGUCUCCAGCCAGCAUGAAGUCGGUGCUGCAGGCAGGCUGGCUGCUCACGGUGGCCGUGGGGAAUACCUUUGUGCUCAUUGUUGCCGAGGCUGCACCAAUGGCACAGUGGGCUGAAUUUGUCUUGUUCACUGUUCUCCUCUUUGCUGUGUGCAUUAUUUUCUCCAUCAUGGGAUAUUUCUAUGUCAGUGUGGAUCCAGAGGACCUAGAAGAAAAGGAAGAGAAGAGAGAGACCUCAAGCAGAGGAAACAUGAUUGGUCUUGUUACUCAGAAAACAAAGCUCUAACACAUCAUGGGUUGGGAUUUUGGUUUUUUUAAACUUAGUUUUGAGAAGGUAAAAGAAGGGUGGGGACUGUGUUAUUUUAUUUUAGAGCACUGCAGUCUCUAUUACUCAAAAUGUAGCCACCUUAUAAAUGGGACCAAAUAGCCCUCUAUAAAAACAAUGGGGGUCCUGAAAUCAGAGCAAAACUCCCUGGGAAAGCUCCUCAGGUAUUAAAAACCCUUAUUAGUAAUUACGGUGUAAUUUACAACCUGCCCAUCUUCUUAAGCAUGGAAUCCUUUCCUAUGAUUUUGCCUUAAACAUAUAUUUAGGGCAGCAGGAAGGGAGGGUGGAAGUUAUGCCAUAUGACACAAAAAUCUGGAGAUGUUACGAGACAAGAAAGAGGGAAAACUAGUAUAGGAAUGAGGGAAGAAUAGAUGUUAGUGACAGAAGGAUUUUUAUUGCUGUCAUCAAGGACUGUAAGGGUUACACACAGUCCCAAAGGAUUUCAUCAUGUAACUCUCCUUAUGAGUAUUUCAUCCCAUUAUUGCAUGUUAUGAAUGGUUCUGAUUUAUGAUUUUCACCUUCAGAUUCAGAAGUAAUAACAGGGAAUUAAAUUCUGUAGGCUAAAAUAUUCCCAAAACACUGCUGACGAAGACAAGCAUGCUACCACUUCUCUGAUACGCAUUUUUUUUCCCCCUAGAAGUUUUUAGCAACUGAUGGUGUUCUUUGAUUAGACAUGAUUAGAGAAUUGGUUUAUGCUUUCUUAUUUCAGAAUUCCAGACAGUUAUUAGCCAUCUUCCUAUACAUUAAGCCUUUAUUGGGCAUUUUCUUUUACAGCACCUGUCACUGCAAGUUAGGAUAUGGCUGAUUUCUUAUCUCAUGCCUCAGUUAUUCCCCACUGGGAGACAAGUUGCAGUAGUUUCUAUAAAAUUCCAGGCAUCCUGCAGUGAGUUAUUUACAAGGAUGCACUUUAUAAUUUUUUCAGUCUACAAGAGGAGACCAUGGCAUAUGAGAUUUUCCUCCUUGUUUUUCUAUCUCUACCAAACUUUGGAUAUAGCAAUUUUAUUGGAA